UGCGGUGCGCGUGACGUCAUAUUAAAUGGCGACUGGUAUUACGCUGCUUUGUCGGGAAUAAUUUACUCAGUUUGUUUUAUUGUUUAAUAGUAUUGUUGUACGUUUAAAUCAUGUUGAUUACAGUAAAAACUCUGCAGCAACAGAGCUUCAAAGUUGAAGUGGAUUCAGAAGAAUCGGUGAAGGUCCUCAAAGAAAAAAUUGAGGCAGAAAAGGGCAAAGAAGGAUUUCCUGCAAAUGGGCAAAAACUUAUUUAUGCAGGAAAAAUUUUGGAAGAUGACAAAAAAGUUGCAGAUUACAAAAUAGAUUCGGAAAAGAGUUUCCUGGUUGUUAUGGUGACAAAGCCAAAAGCAGCAGCUGCUGCAGCAAAACCUGAGACUGCUGCUGCUGCACCUGCACCUGCCCCUGCCCCAGCACCGGUAGUAGUAGAGGUAACACCCCCAGCACCACCUGCAGAACAACCAAAACCAGAACAGGAGAAAAUGGAGGUAUCACCAACCAGCCCUCCACCCACUACUGCUACCACAACCACAGCAUCAGCCACAGAAGGUACAGCCAGUACGACAGAAAGCAGCACAGCUGCCGCAUCUGUGUCAGCAGAGAGCACGUUAGUCACAGGCCAGGCCUAUGAAAACAUGGUUGCAGAGAUCAUUGGUAUGGGUUUUGAACGGGAACAAGUAGUGCGGGCACUGAGGACCAGUUUUAAUAAUCCCGACAGAGCAGUGGAAUACCUGCUUACAGGUAUUCCGGAAUUCCCUGCUGAGCCACCAGCGCCAGUUCCACCUGCUCCAGCACAGACAACAGCCCCAGCCACAGCUACAGCUACAGCUCCGGCCACAGCCCCCGCACCCGGCACCACCACGUCUGGGAGCGUCACUUCAAACCCAACACCACAAGGAGAGGAAGACACCCUGGCAUUCCUUAGAACACAACCUCAGUUUAAUCACAUGAGGAGGCUUAUUCAUCAAAACCCUUCUCUUCUUCCUCAACUCUUACAACAAAUAGGUCAAUCAAAUCCCCAAUUAUUACAGCUUAUUAGUAGAAAUCAAGAACGAUUUAUUGAGAUGUUAAAUGAACCGGUCGGUGAUGAGGAACAGGCUGAAGGAGGUGGCCUCCCCGGGGCAGGAGGAGCACCAGGAGCUAGCCCUAUGGGCCAAGGAUAUGUUCAAGUCACACCACAAGAAAAAGAAGCAAUAGAAAGAUUAAAAGCAUUGGGUUUUGGAGAAGGAAUGUGUAUUCAGGCCUACUUUGCCUGUGAGAAGAAUGAAGAAUUAGCUGCCAAUUUUCUAUUGUCCCAAGGUUUUGAUGAUGAUGAUCAACAGAGCUGAUCCAUUUUAUGUUAAAAGACUUUGUAUGGUUAGAGAAGUUUGAGCUACAGGAUGGACGUAUCCAGCUUGUUAACACAUAUUGACAUAUUAUAUCAGCAGUACGUACUACCAUCUCUGUGUGGAGCUUUCAGUGGUGGGCAACAGCAGGUAGUGCAUUCACACGGUCCAAUCUGCGGAGUAGCGUCACAUUGAGUUUGGUACAUCGGUUGUAGUGUACUCUAGAUGGCAGUGGUGUGGAGGUGGUGGUGGUGAGGUAAUGACGAAUCCCAGUGCCUCCCAUGUGAUGCUGACAAAUUGGGGAGUUACGUGGUAGUGAUUAAAUUCUAUUUACAUUUGUAAUUCACCAAGUUAUCACCUUUAAGCAUCCCUACAUCAGCUGCAGUUGCAUAGAAUGCAAAGCCAUUUGUUUGCAUUUAGAGUAUUUACCUGAGAGCAUUUGUCAUAGGUGAUUUGCUCCGUCAUUUUAAUGUGAAUUUCUUUUUCCUACACAAUGCAUUUAUAACUGCAGAUCCAUCAUUUGUUCUGAUUUACAUAUAUAUUUUCCCCAAACUUGUUCUGUAAAGUUAAUGUGUGAAUAAUUUGGCGAUGCUUUAACUUGUAGAAUUGUGUUAUUGCACACCAUAAUUACCUCGUUAAAAUGUCGGCCAAUGUCAAUUGGUAGAUUUCUUUCAGUUGAUGAUGAGGUAAUCCCUGUAUAUUUAUUACCGGUAUACAGCUUAUUCAUGAUAUGUUUUAACAAAUUUCAUGAAAUAAAGCCAAAUUUAUACUUGAUUUAUUACUUUUUAUCAUUUCUUUGUUUUUUGGAUAAAUUGCUGUAAAAUUUGCAACUCCCGAUUUCCUUGUUUUCAUCUCUUAUCAGCCAAGUUUUGCACCUUACUGCAUAAAUAACAUUGCAAGAAAUGGUUAUGUGAUACAGUUAUAUAGCAAGCAUGAUUGAACUACAUAAGUAACAGACAAUGAAACUUCACAUCCAGCAUUUCAUAUCGAAAUUAAAUUUAAUGCUCAUGUUUUAAUAUAUAUUAAGCUGUGUUUUUUUUUUUUGAGAGUUCCUUAUCAAUAAAAAUUGGUUAGAAACACACCAGAGCUGGAUGUGAUGUGAUUAAAAAGUUAUUGUGUACAUCACUACAAAAUGCAAUCACUGUUUAUGAAAAUGUAUUCUAACAGCUUCAAUAUAGUGAAAUAUAAGGUGUGGCUAUGUUUGAACGACUAGCUACAAUAAGUUGUAUCAAUUCAUUAGUCAAUACUUAGCCUGUUUUGUCAGAUAGACUGGGUAUUAUGGGUUUGAUUCAGUGAUGUUCAGGAAAACAUUAUACACUCGCCACUCUUGCUUGGGCGAGUUUCUAAUGCUUUUAAAGAGAACCAAUUUCAGUAAAACAGCAUCUAAAAUAUCACAAAAUUUGAUAUGAAAUUUUCAGUUUAGUGUGAAACAUUCAUUAUCUAGGAUGGUUGACUAAACUUUACGAUACAUGAGUAGGUGGCUUCUCCAGUGUUGAAUACAGUCAAGUUUCAUUAUUACUAACUUGCAUAGAUGUCAAAUGCUGUGUUUAUCUGAAAGUAAGUUGUUGGUCAAAUUGCAUUUUAUUGUGCAGUGCAUUUUAGCUUUGAAUUCCCCAUUUCUUCUCCAGUUUAAUGAUGUUCGACUGUAUUGAAAUUUGUAAUCGGUGUGUUGUUGGACAGAUUUGUUUAACACUUCUGUCACUACAUGCCAAUCUGGUAUGCUUGGGAGAUGAAACAAUUAAAAUAACAUUUGUAAUAC